AUUACAAGUACCUGUUAUUAUUGCAGUAAUGUACACUGUGAAAAAAUGUUGAGACUGUGAAAACAAGGAUCAAAGAUGUACCAUAUACAUAAGCUGAUAUUAAUUGAGUCCAUGUUAUAGAACGACGAACCAGUUCCAAGCUACCUAUGACAGAUGGUACAACCCAAAUUCCAUGAGUAGUUACAUUUGCUAUAUGUUCUACAGAGUUUCAUCAUUCCGUAAAUUUAACAUAGACUGUCAGCUGUUCGAUACAUGGAACGAUGGACAUGUAUCAAGCAAUAUACAGUAUACUGCAUCAUAUAGUCACUUCUAGGAAUCGUCGACAUUGAGUUCGACAUCUGUUCACAAAUCUUGUAUAAGCGUGCGCGUGCGUGUAUUUGUAUUAGCGUAUGUGCAAGAAAGAAGAAAAACAGAUAAAAAAAAAAGCAAUAAAAAUAAAGAGAGAAAAAUAUAUAAAAAGAAAUUAAGAAAGAAGCGGAUAAAGUGUUCUUACGCGGACCGUCUGUGCGAUUUAUGCAAAAUCUCGUGCAUAACGUGGAUGUAUUGACACAGGGCUUAAAAUACAGUAUAUCAGGACUAAUGAACCUCGCAAAUCAAACUACUGAUCCUCAAAGUCGUGUUUUCUUUGUUAACUUCAAUCAGGAUUGCACAUCUUUGGCAGUAGGAUCAAAGUCAGGCUACAAACUUUUUUCUUUAGUCUCUGUUGAUCAUCUUGAAAAAAUAUAUGAAAAUGAUACUGAAGACAUAUACAUUGUUGAACGACUAUUCAGCAGCAGUCUUGUGGCAGUAGUUAGUUUAAGAUCACCUCGUAAACUUAAAGUUUGUCACUUUAGAAAAGGCACUGAAAUUUGCCAUUAUAGUUAUUCUAAUACUAUCUUAGCUGUGAAACUCAAUAGAGCAAGAUUAGUGGUAUGUUUGGAAGAAUCAUUAUAUAUUCAUAAUAUAAGAGAUAUGAAAGUAUUACAUACAAUUCGAGAUACUCCACCUAAUUUAGCAGGUCUGUGUACAUUAUCAAUAAAUAGUGAUAAUUGCUAUUUAGCUUAUCCAGGCUCAAACACAAUUGGUGAAGUUCAAAUAUUUGAUGCAAUUAAUCUUCAAGCUAAAACUAUGAUUCCUGCUCAUGAUAGUCCAUUAGCAGCACUUGCAUUUAGUCCUAAUGGUACCAAAGUAGCUACUGCUUCUGAAAAGGGUACUGUAAUCAGAGUUUUUCAUGUUCAUGAUGGUACAAAAUUAUUUGAAUUCCGACGUGGAGUUAAACGAUGUGUAUCUAUAAGCAGUCUUGCUUUUAGUGUGGAUUCUAUGUUCCUUUGUUGUUCAAGUAAUACUGAAACAGUACAUAUUUUCAAAUUGGAAGAACCAAAGGAAGCAUUACGACAAACAGCAGAAGAAUCACAAACUUGGAUGGGAUAUUUAACAAAAGCUGUAUCUGCAUCAGCUAAUUAUUUGCCAUCACAAGUAACUGAUGUUUUUAAUCAAGGACGUGCCUUUGCUAGUGUCCACUUGCCAUUUCAAGGAUUAAAAAAUGUUUGUGCCAUCACAGUCGUACAUAAAGUACUUAGGUUGUUGGUGGCUAGUGCUGAGGGAUAUUUGUGUUAUAAUUUGGAUUCAACAGAAGGUGGAGAUUGUACAUUAUUAAAGCAACAUAGAUUGACUUUACUUGAUGUAAUUUUUUUCUUUUUAUUAUCCACUGAAGCCUGCAUAAAUAGCUACGCGGGUGUGUUGCGCGGCCGUUCGCCAGACUCCAUGUCAGAGUCAGAGAAGUAUCACGAGAUGAUAGCAGCAACUGAGAGUCCACCAGGAUUUUCGGGUUCCUUCCGUUUAAAAGAUGAUGCAGAAUUUCCACCUGUUACACAAAGGACGGAUUGAGUGUAAUAAUUCAGGCAUAUCAAUAAUGAAUGAAAAUAAUUAUAUCUAACAGUGAUUGAAAUUAGGACACUGAGUACAGGUCAAACUAUGAAUCUAUGAUCAUAGCUAUAAUUUGUUGCAAAUUCAAAAAAAGCAACAAAUUCUUUUUUAACGAAAUA